AUGGAGGCGCCGGCCGGCCGCCCCUUCUCCCCCGAGGGGGCCGCGGCCGAGCAGCAGGCGCGGCCCCACCCGUCGGGCCCCUGCCUGCGCUGGGCUUGCCGCGCCUGCCAGCCGCCGGCGAGCAGCGCCGUCGAGCGGCGCCAGGCGGCCACGCUGCGCGAGCGGCGCCGCCUGCGGCGGGUGAACCGCGCCUUCGAGGCGCUGCAGCGCUGCAGCGCCGCCCGCCCGGCCCAGCGCCUGCCCAAGGUGCAGAUCCUGCGCGGCGCCAUCCGCCGCAUCCAGCGCCUCCAGCUGCUGCUGCGCCGCCACGCCCGCCGCGCCGGGGCCUCGCCGCCCGCCAGCCCCACCUCCGGCGGCUCCGACGGCGCGUUGGCUGAAUGUAACAGCCCAAUGUGGUCCAGGAGAAACAGCUCUUUUGACAAUGGCUACUACUCUGAUUUCUGCAAUGCCGAUUCCUCGGACCCGAGUACCUCUCUGUCCAGCCUGGAUUGUUUGUCUAGCAUAGUGGAUCGAAUCUCUUCCUCCGCUCAGCCUGGGCUGCCCUUACAGGACGUGGCUUCCUUCUCUCCCAGUGCCAGCCCUGAAUCCCAGCCAGACACUCCGGAGACCCCUUAUCCCAGGCUCAUCUAUCAUGUACUAUGAGC